AUGCGCUUAUUUAAAGCUCUAAACACGGCAUUACUUGUCAGUGUCGUAACUGCGGCGACCAUUCUUAAUAAUUCACCAUCCUUAAAAUCCCGUGUUCUUCACGAGAGACGGUCGUCUGCUCCUGCCUCGUCAUGGGUCAAGCGAUCUCAGGCCCCUCGAGAUUUUGUCUUGCCUAUUCACAUUGGCAUUAGUUCACAAAAUAUAGAAGAAGGCCAUUAUCAUCUCAUGGAUAUUUCUGAUCCAAGAUCGGAGAACUUCGGCAAACACUGGACCCCUAAACAGGUAUAUGACUUCUUUUCACCUUCGAAAAAGUCGGUUGAGAAUGUGCGCGGAUGGUUAGCCUCAAAUGGAAUCGAUAAGCAUCGUCACAAAGUCGCAUCUAGCCGUGGUUAUAUCCAAUUCCACGCAACUGUCGAUGAAGCCGAGUCCUUACUGGGAACCCAAUAUAACAUAUGGGAACACACUAACACCGGUGAAAUCAGUAUCUCCUGCGACGAGUAUCACGUUUCGCGAGACAUCCAGCAUCACAUCGACUUCAUCACACCAACAAUUGGCCUAGAUGCGGCAUCUGGCUCUCACCUCACUAUUAGGAACAAAAAGCGAGCAAGUAUUCAAAGGGCACGUCUCGCACAUAGUAGCGAGAAGUCGAUGAAAAAGACUGUUUUCCAAAAUCAAACAUCCUGCUCGGAUAACGUCACUCCAGAGUGCAUUAAAGCACUUUACCAUAUUUCACCAUCAUCAUCAACAACUAACCAGCCAGGAAACGACCUUGGAUUGUAUGAAACCGCUCUUUCCUAUGACCAAAUGAAUCUUGAUUGGUUUUUUUCUCUAUAUGCACCAGGUAUCCCUAAUGGCACUCACCCAAUAUCCAAUAACAUUGACGGUGGCGUCGGCGCGGUUCCGGCAGGGAUGGGAGGAGGUGAGACGAUGCUAGACAUCGAAAUGGUUUAUCCAAUUAUCUAUCCUCAGAGCGUUAAGAUAUUUCAGGUUUACGGUCUAAUGGAUACCCUUUUUGGCCGUAAUGAAACUGGUCUCUUCAAUCAGUUCUUGGAUGCUCUAGAUGCUAGUUACUGUACGUAUGACGGUGGUGACGACCCAGAUAUUGAUCCUCGCUUUCCUGAUGGCCAUACAUGGAAUGGGACUAGACAGUGUGGCAUAUAUAAACCGACCAAUAUAAUCUCAAUCUCAUAUGCUGUUGCUGAAGAUGCCUAUACCCCAGCUUAUGCCACAAGGCAAUGUUACGAGUAUAUGAAACUGGGAUUGAUGGGGACGUCGAUUAUCGUGGCUUCAGGAGAUAAUGGUACCCUGGCUAGGUUUCCCAACGAAGGCUGCCAGGCUAACGGGGCUCAGAGGCCGUCUUUCCCUGCGUCGUGUCCAUAUGUCACCUCAGUUGGAGCAACGCAGAUCCCUCCUAAUGGCACUAUCCACGACCCUGAGAUUGCUGUUAUACCCGAUGAGGGUGGGUUCACAAGUGGUGGCGGAUUCUCCAACAUCUUUCCCCGCCCCUCAUAUCAAGAUGAUGCUGUCUCCAGCUUUCUAAACGAUAAUACGCAUCUUCCAAAAAGCAGUACCUACAACGCAUCUAGUCGCGGCUUUCCUGAUAUUUCUGCUAUUGGAUGGAAUAUUCCUUCAGUUUCCCAAAACAGUUCAAGCCUGGGAUUUGGUACUUCAGCAUCAGCCCCUAUUUUUGCUGCGAUGAUCAAUCUAAUCAAUGGAGAACGUAUUGCGGCUAGAAAAAGUCCUCUUGGCUUUCUGAAUCCUGCUCUUUACAACAAUAUUAAUGUUUUUAAUGAUGUUGUUAGUGGUUACAACUGGGGCUGUAACGCGGAAAAAGCAUUUUAUGCAUCAAAAGGCUGGGAUCCUGUCACUGGCCUAGGAACGCCAAAUUAUCUGAAGUUAAGGGAUGCCCUUCUAAAUCUUCCAUAG